GUCUGGGGUCAGUGGUGAUACCACACAAAAACUGAUACAAAACUUUCUAAACUUGAACUAAAAGAUCGGCUGCACGUGACGUGGACAUUUUCUUCAUAACAGCUUGACAUCUGCAUUUCAGUAUUGAUGCCUCUCUUUUUUUAAAUAGUUUUUCACCAAUUGGUUCAGUUUUUACAAUAAACAUUUUCAGUUCAUAUUCAGUCGGAACCAGUUCAAUCUAAUUUUAAAACUUCCUUGAUAAGCUAUUAUUGUAGUAUAAUUAUAAUAAUAAUGUAAUAAUUUAGUUCCUCAUUUUUACCACAGUGGUUAACUCCACAGUGCGAGUCCAAUCCGCACAGGCUGGUUAGGGAGGUGUCGUUAAGUAUCUGUUUGCAGCUGAUAGGCUGCUACACAGAAGGUGGCACACCAACCAGUGUACUCAUUCAUAGAAUGUAAUAAAAAAAAAGGAGAUAGAAGGUAAAUCAAACAGUGAUGUACAAACAGCAGUUGUCCACGACCUCUUAGACAUUCUGCAGAAAAAAAUAAUCCACACAGGACAGCUCCAUAAUCUGGACAAAACAGUCAAGCGGAUAGGACGACAAACAACUGUACAGCUAAAUGUCAAUAUUCAUUAAGGCAGUAGUGAGUCUCUGAUGGACCUCUUCUGGAAACACAGCGUCAGCAAUAUGAUUCCCUUCAGGCCCACGUGGCGCUGUUUGUUAGGUAUCUUCUGCUCAGGGCUGGGGAUGCUGGUUCUCUUUAUCACCUCUACGGGACGACACAUGAACUUCGCUGCCACAUUAAGGCACUUCCCAGUCUUACCCAGCUGCCCUAAAACAUCCCCUCUAAUAAGUGGUCCCAUCGAUGUCACCGUGCCGUUAGAGCUCAGUCUGGAGGAGGUUGAGAAAGAAAAUAAUUUUGUGGAAUUGGGUGGACGGUACAGACCACCUUACUGUGUGGCAAGGUAUCGAACAGCCAUUAUUAUUCCUUUUAGAAACAGGGACCUGCACCUCAAAAUCUUCCUCCACUAUAUACACCCACUUCUGCAACGACAGCAGCUCAACUAUGGGAUUUAUGUGAUUAAUCAGGCUGGAAACUACUCGUUUAACAGGGCAAAGCUGAUGAAUGUUGGUUUCUGGGAGGCUAUGUUAGAAGAAACCUGGGAUUGUGUCUUCUUCCACGACGUGGAUUUGAUACCAGAAGAUGAUCGUAACAUUUACAUCUGUGACGACAAUCCGAAACAUGCCUCCAUUGCUGUGAACAAAUUUAACUACAUACUUCCUUAUAGUACUUGCUUUGGAGGGGUUUCGGCUUUGACACCAUCACAGUUCUACAGAAUCAACGGAUUCCCCAACAACUAUUGGGGUUGGGGAGGAGAAGAUGACGAUGUCGCAACCAGGGUGUUCUUAGCAGGUAUGAAGAUCAGCCGUCCUGCUCAACAUAUCGGACGUUACAAGAUGAUUAAACACCAGUCAGACUUAGGAAAUACACCAAACCCAAAAAGAUUUGAUAUGAUCGCUAAAACAAAACAGACGUGGAUGAAAGACGGCUGGUCAACAACUGAAUACAAGGUCAUCUCGAAGGAAUACCACCCUCUCUACACCAACAUCACAGUCAACAUUGGCACUAUAGACGGACUACAGUCUUCUCAGAAAGCUACUCAUGAAACAGGCAAAUGAAAACUUAAAUAUUAGUCAACUUUGAAUAUUAGAAUGGAUAGAAUAAGAAAUGUAAUAUAGGCUCAAUCAAGUUGGUAUGUUUUAAACUCAGUUCACUAGUAGUUAGGAACGAAGGAAGGAAAGUGAACUACUUGUCAUUGUGACACAGCAAACCACAAAAUGUGACCUCUGCUUUUAACCCAUCACCAAAGUGAACCGUGGGCAGCAGUGAGGGGAGAUGGUGCCAUGCUCAGAGCACCUCAGCAGUGACUUGGCAGCUGGUGGACUCAAACCUGAAGACUUCUGGACCCACUUCCUUAACCACUAAGCCACUACUGCUCAGUGUUAUUGCGUAAAAUGUUAACAACUAGUUUGAUUGAAAACAAAUUUAACAACACUUUAAAUUAUUUAUGCUUAGUGCACAAUACCAGAUCUAAACAUUAGCCUCAAAGAUGACGAUAUUUUAGGCUUAGUCUAUCAACUUUUUUUAGUAGCUUGUUUUUGGCAUUUUGUCUUUGCAAUUAAAUGAUCUCACUGAAGUCACUUUUGUCAUUUAUGUACCAGUAAAAACCAUAUAAAAUAUUGUUUUGUUUUUAUUAUCUCAAUAAAACCAACCUCAGGGCAGGACAAAGUGCUUUUGAUUA